UUCUAUUUUUCUAGAUAUCUAGAUCGAAGAAGGGAAUCAGUUAAUAUGUAUUAAGCAAAUAAUGAGAAGACAGUGAUGAAUGGCAUUGACAGCGCUAAUCAGUCAGAGUAAAACGGUUGCCUUUGCAAUACACAAACAUACACACAUAUACGCACAUUCCUGUAUAGCCCUCACAUAUCUACUUACCCAUUUGUUACACAACUAGGGAAUUACAUUGAAAUAAGCAAAGAUAUCUAUAAAAAAAAAUGAAAUAAAGUCUUUUUCGUAUAAAGUCCUCAGCAUAUAAAAGGGUUACCAGUGACACCCGCGUGGUCAUUCAAAGCUAAUUACUCGGCGCAUCUAACGGGAUUCGCAGUUAACGAUGCAGUUUACAAGCCACAUACCGCUGCUCCUUGCGCUUAGUGCUAGCCUUUGCUAUGCGUCGAGCAGCACGUACGAUGGCAAGCCGGGUUGCAAGACGCCGGGCGAAAUCGGUAACGUAUAUAGAAACUUUUGGGAUCCGAUGCGUUAUUGGCGUUGCAUUGGCUUAGAUAUGGAGCCGCUACGAGAGAGUUGUCCCGAUGUUACCGCCUUCCAACAGAGUUUGGGUCGCUGUGUUCCGUGGCGAUAUUGGAAAUGGGAGGUGCCAGUGUAUCCGCCUAGUUGUCCCACUGGUGUUAUGUGCAUACAAACGGAGUCACAGCCUUGGUCAUUUUACCCCCAGCAAUUAUAUCCACAACAAGUGCCGCAAGCCUUAUCGCCAAUAAGUCCCUUUUUCUCACGAGGGCCGCAGCAAACACUAGUACCUACAAGUCCGUUAUAUCCUUAUGCAGCGCCGCAAGCAUUUGUGCCUACAAGUCCGUUAUAUCCUCAAACUUUGCCGCAAGCCCUAGUGUCAACAAGUCAUCAAUAUCCUCAAGUGUCGCCGCAAGCUCUAGUUCCAACAAGUCCUCAAUAUCCUCAAGCAGCGCCGCAAUCGUUAGUGGCAACAAGUCCUCUAUAUCCUCAAGCAUCACCGCAAGCUCUAGUGCCGACAAGUCCGUUUUCACAACCACAGCUAUCUACGAAGCCACACUUUCUAGGUCCACUACCACCGCAGCCGUCACCGUCUCCCCAGAUUGUGCAUCCUCCUCAACCCUUGCAGAAUUUUGUGCCACCACAGUCUUCUCUAGUCUGGAGUUCGCCACAUCUGUCGCCGCAGUCUCAACAGGUACUGAAUACACCAUAUCCAAUGAUUUCAUCACGACCACAAUACCCAGUGGGGCCCAACGUUUAAACUGUUCGACUAAACAGAGCAACUUAGAGAAGACCUUCAGAGCUUGACCUUUAUAUAAAUAUAUAUUCGUAUUAAUUUUAUUAAAAAGUUAUUACAUUUGGUGCUGGU